CCCGUUAACCUACUCCAUUAAGAUUCCAUACUAUGAGUUCGAAUGCAGGAUCAAUUUGUGGACUCGUAAAUAUCAACAAAACCAGAUACUGGACACCUAUAAAGAAGUAAGGGUUUUGAACUUGAAUACUCAGUUAAAUUCCGGUUGUCGGGUAAAAACCCUAUCGAUUCUAUUCGGUUGUAAUGAAUUCUUUCUCAAUCACUAAGAAGAAGACUCCAUUCAAGAAGCAUCGAGAUGAACAAGAAGCAAAAAAGAAGAGGGCAGAAGAUGAAACAGCUCGUUUGUAUGAGGAAUUUCUGGAAUCGUUCCAAGCGGAAGAUGUUCCUGGGUCGAAGGGAUUUUUUCGAGGAGGAUUAAUCAAUCCUAAUGAGAGAGUAAAAACUGACUCUGAAGGUGGAAAUUCUAAAGAUGGUGUAUCUGGUUCAAAGAAGGGGAGUAGAUAUGUCCCAUCAUUCCUACCACCAUCCAUGGCAACUAAAGCCAGAGUAUUGGAAAAGGAGGAACUUGACGAGAAAUCAAAGGAGAAAGAGAAACGGAGAACAAGAAAUAUUGACAAUUUGAUGGAGGAGAUAAGGCUGGAGCAGGAGAUGCGAGAAAAGAGAAAUCAAGAGCGUGAGAAAUGGCGUGAUGGGCGUCUUGAAGAACAAUCAACAACAUUUACUCGAUUUGAUGAGCUUCCAGAUGAAUUUGAUGCUAGUGGGAGGGGCUCUUGUGACGAAGGUGAUCUUCAAUCAACCAAUUUGUAUGUUGGAAAUUUAUCGCCAAAGGUUGAUGAAAAUUUUCUUUUACGGACCUUUGGAAGGUUUGGACCCAUUGCUAGUGUAAAAAUUAUGUGGCCAAGGACAGAGCCAGAACGAAUUCGGCAAAAGAAUUGUGGGUUUGUUUCUUUUAUGAAUAGGGGUGAUGCACAGGCUGCUAAGGAUGAAAUGCAAGGGAUUGUCGUGUAUGAUUUUGAAUUGACAUUAGGAUGGGGUAAAUCAGUUUCUCUUCCAUCACAGGCGCUACCUGCACCUCCACCUGGUCAUAUGGCAAUCAGAAGUAAAGAGGGUGGCACUGUAAUCUUAACUGGUUCUUGGAUUCCUGUGGCACCUGUCCCAAAUCAAAAUUCUGAGCUGGUUCUUACUCCUAAUGUCUCAGAUAUAACAGUUAUGCCUCCUGAGGAUAGACAUCUUCGCCACGUCAUUGAUACCAUGGCUUUAUAUGUUUUAGAUGGAGGUUGUGCUUUUGAGCAAGCAAUUAUGGAGCGUGGCCGGGCUAAUCCUGUUUUCAGCUUCUUGUUCGAUCUUUGUUCAAAGGAACAUAUGUACUAUGUUUGGAGGCUGUAUUCUUUUGCUCAGGGUGACACGCUCCAUAGAUGGAGGACUGAACCUUUCAUUAUGAUAACUGGUAGUGGGAGGUGGGUGCCACCUCCUCUCCCUACAGCAAAAAGUCCAGACCUUGUGAUGGAGUCUGGCAUAACUUAUGCUGGACGACGAGGCAAGCGUGUUGAUCCUGAAAGGACACUUACAGAUUCUCAGAGGGAUGAGUUUGAGGAUAUGCUACGUGCUUUGACACUAGAGAGAAGUCAGGUCAAAGAUGCUAUGGGAUUUUCCUUGGAUAAUGCUGAUGCGGCAGGCGAGAUAGUUCAAGUGCUAACAGAGUCUCUUACCCUUAAAGAAACACCAAUACCCACAAAAGUUGCAAGAUUGAUGCUUGUGUCUGACAUUCUUCAUAAUAGUAGCGCUCCUGUGAAGAAUGCAUCUGCAUAUCGGACAAAAUUUGAGGCAACAUUGCCUGACAUAAUGGAGAGCUUCAAUGACUUGUACCGUAGUGUAAGUGGAAGAAUCACCGCCGAAGCUCUCAAGGAGAGGGUGUUGAAAGUGCUUCAGGUUUGGUCAGACUGGUUUUUCUUCUCAGACGCUUAUGUAAAUGGAUUACGUGAUACUUUUCUUCGACCCAGCUCUUCUGGGGCUGUUUCUUUUCAUUCCAUAUGUGGUAACGCACCAGAACUGGAAGAGAAGUUGAGCCGUCCUGAAGAUAUGAGUGAUAGGAUCAAGAUUAACCCCGAUGUGGCAUUGGCUAUGGGCAAGGGAGCUGCUAUGAAAGAGCUGUUAAGCCUCCCUCUCCCUGAGCUGGAGAGGCGUUGUAGGCAUAAUGGACUUUCACUUGUUGGGGGUAGGGAAAUGAUGGUUGCCCGAUUGCUUUAUCUUGGGGAAGCAGAGAAGCAACGAGAAUCUGAACUGGUAGAGGAUUUGAAAUUUGUACAGACUCAGCCGAGCUCUGGUAGAUAUGCAAAUGUGCAGAAAGACAUGAAUGUUGAGAUGGAUUCUGCAAGAUCAACAGCUUUUAGCUAUUAUAGGGAUGAUGAGAUAGUCUCUAUAGCAAGAGAAUCUAAUGCUCUGCCGAAAGCACUCUCCAUUCCGCAACCUGAACUAAAAGAAUUCUCAAAGAUAGGGAAAGCAGAGACUGUCUUGCCAGCCUCUAAGUGGGCUCGAGAAGAAGAAGAUGAUGAGCCUAAGCAAAGAUCUAGAGGUCUAGGGCUGAGUUACUCCUCAUCUGGGAGUGAGAAUGCUGCAGAUCAUAAUGCCGAGGAUGACGAGAUUGCUGCUCAGACUAGUACUGCAUGUCAACCUAAAAUUACUAUCAGUGAAGAACAGCGACAAAAAUUGAGACGUCUAGAAGUUGCACUGAUGGAAUACCAGGAGUCUCUGGAGGAACGAGGUAUCAUAAGUCCAGAUGAUGUUGAGCGGAAGGUUACAGUUUACAGGAAACGUCUGGAAUCAGAGUACGGGUUGUCAGAGUCGGGUGAAGAUCUUUCCAGGAGUAGGCUACACAGUGAUGGUAUGUGGCGCUAUGUUGUCAAUUGAUAAGAGUGGUGAUGCAGUCACCAUUUCUACCUCCUCUUCUGUCCGAGCAGCACACCACCAGGACUCAAUAGAUGGGGUAGACGACAUUGGCAUACAUAUGUCGGGCAUCUGAGAAAAGUGUCCACAAGUUAGGUAGUUGUGUACUGCUUUCUAUAUGGACUUGAGAGCACGUCCACAUAGGGACUCCAUUGGUAUCUAGAGUUUGUCAGCCUCUGGCACAGGAGUGAGGUCUUCCUAUUAGAGAAUUAUAGUUCAUAAAGGUUACGUUAAGGUUCUUGACGCUUUUGGUUAUCUUUGCUUUUCUUUAUUUUUCACCUUAACUAGAAUCAUAUUCUUCUUGCUUCACCUAAUAGCUUCAUUAUUACUGAACACAAUGAUGGUUCAUCUAUUAGAUUCACAAAUCUAGCUCAGUUCAUUAGUAUACAAUCUAACGUAUAUAGUUACUUAUCCUUGACUGGGGUCAUGCCCCUGAAACAGGGAACUGAUUGUGCCUCCUGAAAAUUCAGAACUAGCGCGAUGAGAUUUCUACCCAGUUCAUUUGAAACUUAAUCAUAUCAAGUUAAGUUUCUCUUCACCUGUCCCCUGCGCCUUACCACGCAAUCAGACUUUUGUGCUUAACUAAUUUUAGCUAGGGUGUAACUAAGGAAUACCUGUUGUGCAGUUUAGACGUUAAAAAGUAUGACCAGAAAAGCAAUAGUGGCCUUGGUAUUUUUGAUCAUGUUCUCUAAAACUAAUUCUACUGAAGUAAUAAUAUGCUGAAUGUACUGAACUGAACUGAGUCGAACUGAGUUGAUUUGAUUAUGUUAUGGAUCUCAACACCGUGGCGGACAUGUCAUCAAGAAGAAAGACAGAUGGGAUACUCACGUACAGCAUGCGAAAGACAUAGUUUUGAUGAGCUGGCAUUUUAUUUUAGUUCUUUUUUGUCAUUAGUCUUGGCAGCUUUGUAUAUAUAGCUUAGAGAUAUUAUGUUAGGAUCACGUUUUAGGAAAUUUGUGAUUAAUUCACUCUUGGAGUUUCUGGUCUACUCGAAGGUCCAGCCUGGAACUUUGUUUCACGACAAAGGCAAUAAACAGCGAGUAUUUAUAAUCUUUCUCUCUUGUUCAGUGUGUGUUCAUUGGGAUUAACCUGUCUACGUUGGAAGCUAGUGCAUAACAGAUUAGUAGUCCUAUAGAGAACACACUAUGUUUAUCAUGAAAAUGUUCAUUGACUUAUGUUAUAUUUUACUUAACGAACAGGUUUUCAUUAUUUUUGCUUCUUAAAUACUACCUUUACCUUCAUGAGCUUGCUCUACCUCAUCCCUUUAUGUGAGAGCUUUGUACUAGGAAUGAAGCAAACUCAAUUGGCCAGAGGGAGCAUGUCUCAAACAAAGAACUUACUCCUCUGUGGCUCUGUCCCUUUGUAUCUACUACAUUGUGGUUCCCAAAUCCCAAUGUGAGAUCUUUUUGGCCUCAAUGUAGCAGGGACAGAGAACUAUUAACACCUGCCUUCUCCCAUACGCGUACGUACGACAUAUAUGUUCUUGACAAAUUUAUAGGAUUUAGCAGUUUGCAUUCCUGUUUGAGGUUAUGUAUUGAACUAUCUUCCUCAUACGUCAUAAUUGAUUGUAACUUUAAGUGUACAUCAGUUCGUGC